UGGACGUUUCGUUCGUCGCGCGUUCGGGAGCGAAAUAAAGCGUAAAAUGGUCAAAACCCAACGCCCGCUUCGAGCCAAUAUAAGUUGCAAUUGCCGAGCAGUUGCAGAGUGCCAUGUGUGAGUUGCGGUGGCAGCUGGAAAAUGCGAAAUCCUAAGGACAAUAGCAACAAUGCCAGUUCGAUACAUACACACAGACGGGGGCCGAUGAAAAACUGGUAUAUAAAAGACGCCAAAAGCUUGCGAAAAAGAGAGCUAACGCGCCCCUAACUUGGCUGCAGGACAACACACCACAAGGCGAUACGAAACCAGGCGACACUUUCCAAGGGGCAGCAUAAACACAGGCAGCACCGCGUCCGUGAUGUCACAACAACACCCCCAUCACGCCCACCCCCACCACUACGCACACCACUACCCGCCGCCCGCGACGCCCAUGCCCCUGCAGCAAGAGCAGCAGCAGCAAGCGCAGCUGCUGCCUCAGCAGCAGCACGCCAAUUGGUACUCACAUGUUGCUUCCUACCCCACACCCCACUCGGCCUUCGGCCCCGCCCCCUCUUGCAAGGCCACCAACAACAGUAGCAGCGGCAACAACAACAACAUCAUGGACGGCGGGGGAUACGGGCCAGGGGGUGGUGGCACGCAGGGCUAUUAUGGCGCCGCUGGCGGCGGCCUCAAUGUCAGUGGGGCGGUUGUAAGUGGUGGUGGUCCGAGCUACGGCCUUGGGGCCAAUACAGUGGCAUAUGCCCACAACCAACUGCUGCAGUAUCAACAACAGCAACAGCAGCAGCACCAGCAUCUUCCACAGCAUAUAGGCCAACAAAGGCCCUAUAUGGGCCACAAUAUCAUGACCGGCAGCUAUCCUUAUAUCAAAAGCGAACCCAUGGAGGCCUACCAGCAGCCCCCGAAUCCCAUGGCCCCGCCACCGGCACCAGAAGUAUUAAUAAAAUCGGAACCCAUUGACGAGCAUUCCUAUAAGUCUAACUAUAUAGACGACAAUACGCCAUUUGCUGACUUUAGCAAGUUCAGCGAAUUCAGCGAGGACAUGCUGAGCCCCAAAGUGGAGCUGACCGUGAAGGAUGAGUCCUACGGAAAGAGCACUAGCAGUUUCCUGCGGCGAAAACAACAAUCGGAUCGGGGCACCGAAAGUCUGCCCAUCUGCCAGCGCUGCAAGGAGGUCUUUUUUAAGAAGCAGGUAUAUGUUCGCCAUGUGGCCGAGAGCAACUGCGGAAUCCAGGAGUACGACUUCAAGUGCAGCACCUGCCCCAUGUCGUUCAUGACCACCGAGGAGUUGCAGCGGCACAAGCUCCACCACCGGGCCGACAGGUUCUUCUGCCACAAGUACUGCGGCAAGCACUUUGACACGAUCGCUGAGUGCGAGGCGCACGAGUACAUGCAACACGAGUACGAUGGCUUUGUCUGCAACAUGUGCUCCGGGACCUUCGCUACGCGGGAGCAACUGUACGCCCACCUGCCGCAGCAUAAGUUUCAGCAGCGCUUCGACUGUCCCAUCUGCCGUCUAUGGUAUCAGACGGCUGUAGAGCUUCACGAACAUCGUCUGGCUGCGCCCUAUUUCUGUGGCAAGUACUACACGGGGGGACAGUCAUCCUCUGCCUCCCUGUCGCAGUCGCAGGCGCAGCAGCACCAGACAAAUUACAAGCUACAGGACUGCCAUAUGGCGACCAUGGAAAUGACCACAACCACGCACCACAAAACAACUCCAUCCGGCUCGUCCUUGCCGGCGACGGCUGCGCUGAAUUCUCUACUGCAACAGCGUCAGGCAAAUGCCGAUGGAGCUGCCAUGUUCGCAGCAUCCGCAAUAAAGAACGAAGUGAAUGUUAAGAUGGAGCGGAGCUACAGCAACUCUACCAGCGAGUCAUCCUACAGCGUUCAGGACAGUGCGUACAAUAAUACCUACGGAAGCGACAGCUCAAUGCACGCAGGAGCGAUCGCCGGACCACAAGCGCACUCCUCAACGCUGGACGACUCCGAAGACGCCUUGUGCUGUGUUCCUCUGUGUGGAGUGCGCAAGAGCACAAGCCCUACGCUUCAGUUUUUCACGUUUCCCAAGGACGAGAAGUACCUUAAUCAGUGGCUGCACAACCUCAAGAUGUUCCAUAUACCCGCCGCCAGCUACGCCAAUUUCCGCAUAUGUAGCAUGCAUUUUCCGAAGCGCUGCAUUAACCGCUACUCUCUGUGCUAUUGGGCCGUUCCCACUUUUAAUCUGGGUCAUGACGACGUGGCCAAUCUAUACCAGAACAGGGAACUCACUAACACCUUCACAACCGGCGAGGUUGCGCGCUGCAGCAUGCCUCACUGUACAAGUCAGCGGGGUGAGAGCAACUUAAAGUUUUACAACUUUCCCAAGGACAUAAAAAGCUUGAUCAAGUGGUGCCAGAACGCACGACUACCCGUUCAGGCAAAAGAGCCGCGUCAUUUUUGCAGCCGCCACUUCGAGGAGCGCUGUAUCGGCAAGUUCCGACUGAAGCCGUGGGCGGUGCCUACUUUACAUCUAGGUGCCCAGUAUGGCAAGAUCCACGACAACCCAAAGAAUUUGUACGUUGAGGAGAAACGCUGCUGCCUCAACUUCUGCCGCCGGAGCCGAUCCUCUGACUUCAAUAUGUCGCUAUAUCGAUUUCCCAGAGAUGAAGUUCUUCUGCGACGCUGGUGCUACAAUCUUCGCUUGGAUCCUGGAGUAUAUCGUGGGAAAAAUCACAAAAUAUGCAGCGCCCACUUUAUUAAAGAGGCGUUGGGUCUGCGGAAACUAUCUCCGGGGGCAGUUCCCACACUUCAUCUGGGUCACACUGACACCUUCAACAUCUACGAGAACGAACUGUGGCCGCCUCCAACAACUCCAAACAGUCACAGCAGUGGCCUCCAGCACCACACACAACAUCAUCCAUCGCAACACUCACUGCAGCAGCAGUUGCAUAGCAAAUCAUACCAGCGCCAAUCUGCGGCUUCCACGUCCUCCUCUGCCAGCUCGGCAAACUCUCAUUACGUUGAUCCUGAUCUAAGCGCUUCUUACCUGGCCUUAAGUGCCAGUGGAUCUUCUGCAAUUAAUGCCAGCGACAGCAUGGACGUAUGUUGUGUGCCCAGUUGCGAAAGCAAGCGCCACAAUAAUGAGAACAUUACAUUCCACACCAUACCACGCCGACCGGAGCAGAUGCGCAAGUGGUGCCAUAAUCUGAAAAUACCCGAAGAAAAGAUGCACAAGGGUAUGAGGAUUUGCAGCCUGCACUUCGAGCCCUAUUGCAUUGGCGGUUGCAUGCGUCCAUUUGCGGUGCCUACGCUUAAUUUGGGUCACGAUGACGACGAUAUUCAUAAAAAUCCGGAUGUGAUUAAAAAAUUGAACAUCCGGGAAACAUGUUGCGUUGCCGUAUGUAAACGAAAUCGGGACAGAGACCAUGCCAAUCUGCACCGUUUCCCAAGCAAUGUGUCUCUAUUGACCAAGUGGUGUGGCAAUCUUCAGCGUCCUGUUCCGGAUGGGAGUAAACUUUUCAACGACGCUAUUUGUGAAGUGCACUUUGAGGAACGAUGUCUGCGCAACAAAAGGCUUGAGAAGUGGGCGGUACCCACACUAUCGUUAGGCCAUGAAAGCAUCCCAUACCCGCUACCAACGCCGGAACAGGUUACAGAGUUCUACGCUCGACCCACUGCACCCAAUAAUGGCGAUGAACAGGGAGAGUGCUGUGUGGAGACGUGCAAGAGAAAUCCCAGUGUGGACGACAUCAAGCUUUAUCGGCCUCCGGAAGAAGCUUCCGUGUUGGCCAAAUGGGCGCACAACCUGCAGACGGAGAGUAGUCAACUGACUAGCAUGAGGAUCUGUAAUCUUCACUUUGAGGCACACUGCAUCGGCAAGCGGAUGAGACCUUGGGCUAUUCCAACACUUAAUCUGGCUGGUAACAUAGAAAAUCUCUACGAAAAUCCGGAGCAUUCGAUGCUGUACAAACGGCGAACUCACUUAAAAACCAAGCAGUCGGCUUCCGUGAAGCCCACUUGGGUGCCCAGGUGCUGUCUUCCGCAUUGCCGCAAAGUUCGGGCUCUCCACAACGUUCAGCUUUAUCGCUUCCCCAAGCUAAAUCGGUCCACUCUGGCUAAGUGGGCGCACAAUCUGCAGGUUCCUAUGGUUGGCAGUGCCCAACGCCGUCUAUGCUCUGCUCAUUUUGAGCCGCACGUGCUGAGCAAGAAGUGUCCGGUGCCGCUGGCGGUACCCACAUUGGACUUGAACGCGCCGCCCGGUUUGAAGAUUUACCAGAAUCCUGCCAAGCUCAAGGCAAGCAAGCUGUGUCUGCAGCGCGUGUGUAUUGUCGAGAGCUGCCGCAAGACGCGGGCGCAGGGCGUCCAGCUCUUUCGGCUGCCGCAUAGUCCAACGCAACUGCGCAAGUGGAUGCAUAACAUCAAAACGCGUCCUAGAGCGGCGAUGAGGGCCCAAUACCGGGUGUGUUCCCGCCACUUUGAGACACACUCUUUCAAUGGUAGGAGACUGAGCGCUGGCGCCAUUCCCACCCUGGAAUUGGGUCAUGACGACGAGGACAUCUAUCCUAACGAAGCGCAGGCCUUUGCCGAUGAACACUGCGUGGUGGAGGGAUGCGAGGCCUCCAAAGAACAGCCGGACGUACGCCUGUUCCGUUUUCCCACAGAGGAUGACGAUAUGCUAUGGAAAUGGUGCAACAAUCUCAAAAUGAACCCGGUGGAUUGCACCGGCGUGCGCAUAUGCAAUAAACACUUCGAGGCGGAUUGCAUCGGGCCCAAGCACUUGUACAAGUGGGCUAUUCCCACCGAGGAACUGGGCCACGACGAUGCCGAAAUCGAGCUAAUACUAAAUCCCAAGCCGGAGGACAGGUAUGUGGAUCCGGUGUUCAAGUGCAUCGUACCGACCUGCGGAAAGACGCGUCGCUUCGACGAGGUACAGAUGAACAGCUUUCCCAAGGAUGCGAAUCUCUUUGAGCGGUGGAAACACAACUUGCGGCUGGAACACCUCAGCUUCCAGGAACGCGAUCGGUACAAGAUAUGCAACUCUCACUUUGAGGAUAUAUGUAUCGGAAAGACUCGGCUAAAUAUAGGUUCGAUCCCGACUCUAGAAUUGGGUCACGACGACACAGACGACCUGUUCCAGGUAAAUCCAGCGGAAUUGCAAAGCAACCUUUUCGGACGACAACGGCGAAUACAGGACGAGUUGGGCGGAACAAUUAUCAAGCAGGAGUUUUCCGAGUCGGAAGACGUCAAAACGGAUGUGACAACCAUGUCUGAUGCCAAAGAUUUGAAUACGAGACAGGUUAAGCUCAAAAGGACUAUGUCCGAUCUGAAGUGUUGUGUGCGCAGUUGUGGGCGCAGUCGACUGGAGCACGGAGCACGCCUCUUUCCAUUUCCCAAUGGUAAGCAACAGCACCUAAAGUGGCGCCAUAACCUGCGUCUGGAACCCGACGAGGUGGAGCGUUCGACACGGAUUUGCAGUGCGCACUUUAACCGCCGCUGCAUUGAUGGCAAGCAUUUGAGAAGCUGGGCAAUGCCCACGCAGCAACUGGGCCACCAGGAGCAGCCGAUCUACGAGAAUCCGAAAAACAUACCAGGAUUCUUUACGCCCACCUGUGCUUUGAGUCAUUGCCGCAAGCGUAGGAGCAUUGACAACGAUCUCCGCACUUAUCGAUAUCCAAGGAGUGAGGAUCUUCUGGAAAAAUGGCGGGCGAAUCUGCGUCUGGCACCGGAUCAGUGUCGCGGCAGGAUAUGUGCGGACCAUUUUGAGGCACAGGUGCGUGGAAAGUUGAAGCUGAAAACGGGAGCGGUGCCUACUUUAAAUCUGGGCCAUGAUGAGGGCUUAAUAUACGACAAUGAGGCUAUAAAGGUGGGAAUGGCCGAAGAAGAGGAAGGUAGCUCGGAGUUGCCACGACUGAAAACCAAAAGGGAGCUGAUUGAUGAAGAGGAAGAAGAACUAGAGGCUGAAGAGGAGCACCAUGAGCAAGAUAUUUACGAUGAAGAUGAGAAAGACGGCCACUAUUUCGAUCCCCUCGAACUGGUCGAGACGUUUGCUGAACAUCCAAGUGAUGAUGAAGGCGAGUAUUGUGGAGAUGAGGAGGAUGAACGCGUCGAAGAAGAGGACGUGGAGGAAGCGGAGCACUUUCAUCCGGACGCCCCACCCACUCCUCCUAUUAUCCCUCUGCGUCGGGAAAAGCCCGCAAAUAAUGUGACGCCCAUAUGCUGUCUAAAGCACUGCAGAAAAGAACGCACGGCUUUUCAUCUACUGAGCACCUUUGGCUUUCCCAAGGAUCGACAGCUGCUGCUCAAGUGGUGCUCCAAUCUACACCUGAAUCCUGAUGACUGCAUCGGCCGCGUUUGCAUAGAGCACUUUCAGCCGGAGGUACUGGGAACUCGAAAGCUUAAGCAAAAUGCAGUGCCCACUCUCAAUGUGGGCCACGAUGAUCCACUUAGAUACUCUUGUAAUGGAGUAGAUCUUGACCAAGAGCAAUUACAGCCACAGCACUCGGUUUUUCGGCUUUGGAGCCUAAAACACUGCCGCAAGAGGAAGCUGACAGAGCCGCCGGACAUCCGCCAAGACAAGUGGAGUGCGCUGGAAGUGCGGAAGAUGCAGACGUUGAGGAUGGAGAUGAAGGUAGGGAGGAAGAUCAAGCUGGAGGUGCAGACGGAGAGGGAAAUGAUGAUGAAGGAAAAGACUCCAACGAAGAAUCACAGAGAGAGUAAUUUGGAAAGAUGUUGCAUCAGCUACUGUGCGAAUGCGGACGUUAACCAGCUACUUCCGCUGCCUGAGGAGCAAAAUCUUUUAAAAAAGUGGCAGCUUAACCUAAAGCUUUCCCAAGACACGGACUUCAAGGAAAUUCGAGUGUGUCUUAAGCACUUUGAGGCACAAGUGGUCGAAAACGGAAAGCCCUUGGAGCAGGCAGUACCCACCUUAAUGCUAGAUCAAAAAAGUUGGAACAUCUACAGAAACCAUGGCAGUUGUCUCUUUCCCGAGUGCGGAAAUUCUUCAUCGGAUCACCUAAGCUUUGUUAAUUUACCCGAAAAUGUGGUCAUAAAAGAUGCCUGGAUAAGACACCUUAAUUUGCCACCCAGCAGUGAGGGUCUUCUUUGUGGUGACCAUUUUAUGCAUCUGUUCAAACGGGUGGAGCUUCCCAAAGUAUUGGCCGCACAAGAUUUGGAAGAUUUGAAGUGGGUUCAUGAUGAACUUAAAUGCGCAGUGCCUAGUUGUUCUUCUAAAUGUGAUAGGGAUCUUCAGCUAACCCCGCUUCCAGACAAGGAUGCUACCCUUCUGAAGUGGUUACAUAACACAAAGAUAUCUUACGAUCAUUCAAGGCACAAAAGCUAUCGCAUAUGUUUUCUUCAUUUCGAGCCAAUGUGCUUAGAAGCAAAUUUCCUAAAAACUUGGUCCAUACCUACCAUGCAUUUAAGGCACGAUGACGAGAUUCAUUUGAAUAUCAGCCCUGAAUCUCGCAGUGAUACACCAAACAACAAUUCUAGACUAACUCCUUUAAGAAUUAAAACGGACCUCGCCUCCUUGGAGAGUCCAUGCUCGAGUGCAAGUCCAAGUCCUCGAGGUAGAAUCAGGAUAUGUUGCAUUUCAACAUGUGGACAGAUUGGAAGUAGCCAAAUUCGACUCUACCGCUUUCCCACCGAAGAACAGGCCUUGCUCCGGUGGCUGGUAAACACGCAGCAGCAACCUCGCCUGGUUGACCCUGCGGAGCUUUAUGUGUGCCAAACUCACUUUGAACCAGACGCCAUAUGCAAAAAACAACUUCGCUGCUGGGCAGAACCCACUUUAAACCUGGGCCACGACGGGUUGGUUAUCCCCAAUGCCAAGCACAAUGGAAACAUUGCUGGAGGCCAGGACACUGAGGAGGCGAUGAGGCUUAUUCGGGAGCGCUAUUGUUCCAUACUUACUUGUUUCCAAGGUGAAGCUAGCGGUAUAAGACUCUAUGAGUAUCCCAAGGAUAUGCCAACUAUACGAAAGUGGGCAGCAGCGUGUAGACAUCGGUCAAUGCAGGCCAGCAGCAAUGGAUUCAAAGUAUGCCAGUCUCACUUUGCACCGGAAUGCUUUGAGCAGGACACUUUAAAUUUGAUUGACGGAUCCGUUCCCACUCUGGAGUUAAGUAGAAGCGACAUCGAAAGACAUUGCCUCGUGUCUGGAUGUGAAAAGGACCCCUCUGGAGGACGUCUCCGCUUUUAUAAGGUGCCAAAGACCGCUGCUCAACUGAAUGCGUGGAGCAAUAACCUGAAGAUCAGUUCCGUAGACCUCGGGUUGGGGGAGCAGCUUAUCUGUGAACGUCACUUUGAGCCCUUUUGUUUCGGUGCUCACAAAGGUUUACGUCCUGGCGCACUGCCGACUAUAAUACUAGGGCACGACGAAGAGGUGGAGAUGUUACCAAACCCAGAAAGUCUCUGGCAGAAGAAAGCGGAGGUUUGCUGUGCCCCUGAUUGUGGUCGAAUAUGGCAGCCCGGAGACACUAAAUUCAGUGGAUUUCCUAAAACGCUGGCGUUGGCUAAGAAAUGGAUUCAUAAUCUCAAACUGAGCGUACUUAAUGACCAGCUGGGCAGUCUGAAAGUCUGCAGUGCGCAUUUCGAAGCCUCUCUCUUCAAUAAAAGUGGAUUAAUAUCGGGUUCCAUACCCACACUGGAGCUGGGCCAUUCCUCUCAGGAUAUAUUUCAGUCGGACACUCAAAGCCUGGGUAAAAGUUUAAAGUGUGAAAGGAGAGCUAUAAUAUCGGAGGUAGAUUGCAUUUAUCCUGAGUGCAAGGAACUGUGCAAAACCGUGUCAUUCAACCUGCCCCAUGAAGAGAACCUACGCAGAGCGUGGCUCCGUCAUUUGAAGAUCGAAGAGCCGUCGAGUGAUGGUGGUCAGCUAUGCCCACUACACUUCGUUAUUCUUUACGAAUUAAGUAUCAAAAGUUUUCCAGAGCACGUUUCAAACCGAUUCCUCGAAGAAAAUUACUAUUCUGCUCGAAACAACAGACGCGUCAAGAUCGUUAGCUGCGCGGUAAAAGGUUGUGAAAUGAUCAGGCCCCGGGAUAAGGUGCUCCUUCAUGGGUUGCCGCAAAGGGAAGACAUACUGAGGAUGUGGGUUGAGAAUGGCCAACUAGAGAUUACGGAGCCGCAGCAGCAAUAUAUGCUUAGAGUAUGCCGCAAUCACUUUGAGUCCCGAUGCUCGUUUGACGACAGGCGGCUGCAUCCCUGGAGUGUUCCCACUCUGAAUUUACCUGGAAAUCCGGUGCACCAAAUUCCCACUAAGGAAGAGUGGCAGGAAAUGACAGUAAAAUUUACCCAGGAAGCCGAUACAAUUAAAUUGGAGAGAGAGGAGGAGCUGGAAGAGGAACAGCUUCGCGAGGAGGAAGAGGGUGACAGUUUCCUUCUAGAGCCCAUUGUAAGAAUGGAGCACAUCGAGUCUGAUGAGGAAGACUCGGAGAUGCAGGCCCUGGAGGUCCUUCUGGAGGUUGGUCACGUUGAGCGAAUGGACAGCUACGAAAGAGUGGACAAGUCCUAUACCGAACAUGCCGUCUGCCACUCUAAUAGCAUUCGAAACCAGUACAAUGCCAACCACUGCGCCGUUGAAGGGUGCGAAGUGACAGUAGAAGACGUGGACGGGACCAUCAAGCUGCACAAGUUCCCCGCAUCGUCCGAGGCCGCUCGGAAGUGGAUGCACAACACCCAAGUUGACAUGGAUGAGAAGUUCUGGUGGCGGUAUCGAAUUUGCAGUUAUCAUUUCGAACAGGAGUGCUUUCAGAGCGCUAGAAUAAAGAAGGGAGCGAUGCCCACUCUACUCCUAGGACCUAAGAGACCAGAAGAGGUAUAUGAGAAUGAAUUCGCAUUGCAGGAGACUGAGGAGCUUAUUUUGCCCGAAGAACUUCAGUUUGAGGAGCACAAAAUGGUUAAAAGUGAGGUAAUAAAAAUGUGCCUGCCAACGCCGGCUCCGCCCCGAAAGUCCAGUAAGUUUUGUCAGAUUGAGGGCUGUAUGAAUCACCUGUCCACUCAAAACAUAACAUUGCACAAAUUUCCUCAUUCAGAGGACAUGUGCCUUAAGUGGCAGCACAACACACAGGUGCCUUUCGAUCCCUUGCACCGCUGGCGAUACCGUAUCUGUAGUGCCCAUUUUCAUCCCGUGUGCCUGCUUAACAUGAGACUAGUCCACGGCAGUGUACCCACCUUAAAACUAAGUAGCAAGGCUCCCACCGACCUAUUUAAUAACGACUUCGAAGCCAUUAACCUCAGGCUGGACAAGAAGUUGGGAGCGGACACAAACACCGUGCAGAUAAAGGAGGAGGAUGAAGAUUCAAUGCCGUCCCUGGAACCAGAACUUCAGCUUCAUGAGGACCAAGAGGCGGAGGAUUCAGCAGCUACGCAAAUACCCUUUACCCAGACAAACUGGAAGGGUCAACUGAGCUUGCCAGUGAAGCAGGAAACGGUGACCUACAACCAGGUGAAGUCUGGAUACGAUAAGUGCUCAUUGGCUCAUUGCCAGCGGCAAAGAUCGAAGCAUGGCGUCCACAUCUACAAGUUUCCCAAAUCGAGGAUCCAACAGGAGCGUUGGAUGCACAACCUCCGCAUCCGCUACGAUGAGCGAAGGCCAUGGAAGUUUAUGAUCUGCAGCGUGCACUUCGAGCCACACUGCAUCAGCCUGAGGAAGCUGCGCCCCUGGGCGGUUCCCACCCUGGAGUUGGGCGACAAUGUGCCCGAGAAGAUCUUUACGAACGAACAGUGCCAUGAACUCUUCACCGAUCGCAGUGAGGUGGAAAGCAAUGCCGAUGAGGACGAUGGACUGCAGGAGGAUGAGGACGAGGAGGAUGAGUACGAGGAGGAUAUGGGGACGGAGGUACGCAUCAAGCGGGAGCGGCGUUCCAAGCUGGAUCCUUGGCUGCCUGGGCAGGUUCCGCCGUGGAAAGUUAAGCAGUGUUGUCUUCCUUACUGCCGGGCCUUUCGUGGCGAUGGCAUCAAAUUAUUCCGGCUGCCCAAUAACCGCACCUCCAUACGAAACUGGGAGCUGGCGACGGGCAUGGUGUUCAAGGAGUCUCAACGAAACACUCGCCUGAUUUGCAGCCGGCACUUUGAGCCCGAGUUGAUUGGGACAAAGUUAAGAGAAAGCCGGAUCCACCCCUCCCAAUUGCAACCUGUUGCAUGGCUGACUGUCAUCAUAAUGGAAAUGUUAAACUGCACAAGUUUCCCAGUGACCCGGCGCUGCUUAGACAGUGGUGCCAGGCACUUAGGCUCACGGAUACCCAGCGAUAUCGGGGCAAACAUAUUUGCUCGGUCCACCUGCCCUCUGACAGGACGGUUAGCUGUGUCAUCUGCGGAGUGGACAAUGUCCAGUUGCCGAUGCUGGACUUUCCAGAGCAGCGCAAUCAGCGCGCCAAGUGGUGCUACAAUCUCAAGAUCGAGGCCAUAUCCAAGUGGGACCACUCCAAGCACAUUUGCUGUCGUCACUUCGAGUCGCAAUGCUUCCUCCAGCCAGGUGAACUGCGUCCAGGUGCGAUUCCCACGCUGCAGCUGAACCACAACGACACGAAUAUAUUCCUCAGCGACUUCGCCACUGGUUCGACCGGCAAUCGGAUCAAGGAUGAGCCGCAGGACAACGACGACAUGCUGCUGGUUUAGUCUACCUACAUGGAAUCAUUUUAGUCUAGUUUUAUCUGUACCAUUUGAUAGAACUUUUUGUACAACCUUUGUACAAUGCCACAUCACGUCUUCUAGUUUUACCAUGUAGUAUCUACCGGUGAUUUUAAUGCGUUAUUAACUCAUAAAUGGCUUGUGGAGAAAGGAUAUGCCAUGCAAAGAAACAAACAACACAAAAUGUUCCUUAAGUUUUUGUUUUACUUUUUAUACAUACGCACUUUAACUGUGAGAAAAAUGUGUUUUAGUUUCCGUAAUACUGACAUAUAUAAACUAUAGAUAUACUACGUAAUAUCCUUGAGCGUAUAUGUGUAUGUAGACUUGUAGAUGGCCCAAUAUUAGU